UGAAAAUGAGUUAUGAGAUGUAAAGAUUGUAUUUACAAAAGCUUUUCAAAAAUGAAAACAUAUAUGAUUUCGAAAUCAAAAUCGGAUUGUUUGGCAUUUCCAAUGCAGUCGAUCAUGUCGUUGAUCAUUCUCAAACGCACGUGUCUGGUGUCAGCGGCGACCGAGUGUUUUGAAUGUGUAUAUAUUUUUUAUAUAUUGUUAAGAAGUUGCAUUGUUUAUAACUUUAUUGGUUUUUAUAGUUGAUAGAUUUGUAAAAUAAUUCAAAAUAUUUAACAAUGAGUGACGAAAACAAUUCUGAAGAAUACUACAAAAGUUAUGAAAAUCUUGAUGUUCAUCAUUUAAUGCUUAGUGAUAAGCCUAGAACGUUGGCUUACAGAACAGCAAUUCUUAAUGCAAAAGACAAAUUUGUAGAUAAAGUUGUUAUGGAUGUUGGAGCAGGAACAGGAAUUCUAUCAAUGUUUUGUGCACAAGCAGGUGCAAAAAAAGUAUAUGCCGUUGAAGCAAGUAUUAUAGCAGAGUUAAUUCCAGAUGUUGCAAAGGAAAAUAAUUUUGAAAAUAAAAUAGAAGUCAUACAAAAGAGAGUUGAAGAUAUUGCUGCAGAUGAAAUUGAAAAAGUAGACAUUAUUGUUUCUGAAUGGAUGGGAUUUUACCUUCUUCAUGAAGGAAUGUUGGACUCAGUAAUUAUUGCAAGAGACAGAUUUUUAAAACAAGAUGGAUUAAUAUUUCCUGAUACAGCUAAAAUUUAUGCUGCUCCAUGUCAAUUGCCAUCAGUACAUGAAUUUUGGGAUGAUGUAUGUGGGGUGAAAAUGAGGUCUGUGGCUAGUCAAUACAUAAAAGCUAAAAUAAAACCAGAUGUGUUAGAUUUACCAAGAGAAGAUCUAUUGGGAGAUGGUGUAUUACUGGUUUGGCUAGAUUUGAAUACAAUUGAUUCUGAAGAUUUGAAUAGUUUAGGCAUUGAAGAAAGUAUAGCAAUUUGUAAUAAAGCUGGAAAUUAUCAAGGAUUUUGUAUAUGGUUCGAUGUUGAUUUUCCUGAUGGUUCUACGUUAUCUACUUCUCCUUUUAGUGAAUCAACUCAUUGGAAGCAAACAAUUAUAGUAAUGCCUGGAACGAUCAAAGUUGAAGAAAAAGAACCUGUUGCCUUCAAUCUAAAGUUUGACAGAAAUAGUGAAGAUUGUAGAAAAUACAAUCUGUCUUUCACACAACUAGAUCCUGAAGAAGUGUCUCAUCCGAUUCCUUGUGAUUGUUACAUGACUAAGUGCAUUGUCACUAAAGCUUUUUUAGAAUCCCAAGAACAAGAAUAAAAUUAAAAAAAGAAUCAAAAGCACUUAUUAGUUUUUUUAUUUUUUUUUUUUUUAUAAAAUGUCAAAAUUGUUGUCAUGACCACAUUGUAUACCUUGGAUUUCAUACUAUUCAUACUGUUUGUAUCACUGAUGUAUUAAAAAUUUUUUUGUAAAAUAUUUAUUUAACUAAAUUAGACAACAAUAUACUACAUUCAAAACAUAAAA